AAAGGCAGCAUCAGGAGGGGGGAUUCAGGACCAAGGUGGGGUGAACUGUGAAGCAUUUCCACGAGCAUAUCCAUGGAAGAUGCCGUCGAAGCAGCAUAUCGUUCCCUCCUCGACUCGUGUCUAUCUUCCUAUCUCGCCCCCACCCCCAAAUCUCAUCAUCUAUAAAUCGAGUUCGCUUCGAUCUGGAUCAUAUCCUGACAUGGUAGUGGCAGCCGCCAUGGCAGUGCUGCUCUGCUCAGCCGCCAUGUCGCCGUCGCCAAUGCGUCGGCGGCCUCAACCUUGAGCUGCCUGUGCCGGACAGCCCGAGGGAGCUGUCGGUGUAGCGUCGGCGGCAGUGGCACCAUGGCUUCCGCUCUUCUCCGGCGGCGGCGGUGGCGGCGGGGACCCUGGAGAGAGGGAGGAAGGGGGAUCUGAUCCGUGGUGUUUCUUCUGUGGCUUCGCUUCUGCAGGGCAAGUCGAAUCCUUUGGCAUGUACACGUUGAGUGACAGAUACAUACCUGUAUGUAUGUUUCUGAACAAAUGCUGUAGUGCUUCAUCUGUAACUUCCUUAUGUUCUCUGAAGAUUAUGAAGAUACACAUUUGUUCAGCCCUAUGUUGCCGAAUGGCCGUUCGGUGUUGUAAAUCUAGGAGGUCAAACCAUCAUUUUAGAUGGAGAAAGAUCAACGUUUUGCAGAAUGGUUAUAGCUGCAUCAAGGUUCUGAAAAAGCAUUCCUUGCUCGUCAUGUUUAGGUCUGUUAAAGGCCAAGCAUCAAACCGGAUCCACGUGGCGCGCAUCGAGAGCAGGCCUGCACCCACCUGCCUCUUGUUGGCGUCAAACACUCAUGUGAUUUGGAGGGCUGAGAUCGUGAACCAUCGCGUCAAACACUUCCUGCCAGCACAAAAUGUGGUGGUCAACCAUGGAGUGGCUGAGGAGAUGGUCCGGGCAUUCAGGGACGCGGCGGCGGAGUUCUUCGCGCUGCCGCCGGAGGACAAGCUCCCCUACUACUCCGACGAUUGUUGGAUCAGCCAAGUUACCUCCUAGAGGUAAGAUUUCAAAUGAAUCUCAGCCACCGAAUUUUUUAAAAAAACAAAUACAAAAAAAAUAAGAAAAUUUUUCCAUACAGUUAAAACACAUAGCACCUCUCACCUAAAAAAAUACAUAGCUCCUGGCAGUCUCACAUGCAUGUCAAAUGUUUGCUAAGCUCCACCUUUUCCGUGUCUCCUCCAGUUUAUAACUGAAAAAAAAAAAGUUAGAGGCUGAAAUUCAUACGUUUCACUCAGAUCCUAUAUAAUCUGAACUCCGACAACCGAAAUGCAAACCCCAGAUGCACAAGACCUAGUCAUAUAGGAUUAUUUUCCAUGUGCUCCAUAUCUGACGACCAUGUUUCUUCAUCUCCAACAAACCAACAACUAGCCUCCAUGCGCAUGCUCAACCACACACACAUUUCUUCUUCGUCUUGGUCGCCUUUCAUCAAUCCCUUCCGUUGUCUUAGUUAUAGUGUUAUGCUUGUCAUCAGGUUUACUACUAAAAGUAAAAGGUUUUCCUUCUUCCCCUUGUUGAUUCCCCAGCUACCUAAAACAUGCAUGUGGCAAAUGGAUAUGAUUAAUUACAUCAAACCAUUUUCAUAUUGUUAAUUCCAAGUCCACACCAGCCUCCGAUCCAACACAGAGGGAUAAUUAAACAUCAGUAAGGUAAAUUCCCUCAGAUUGUUUGGUCAAAUUUUUUGAUGAUUUAAUUCAUUCCCAGCUGCUUCUGGACUUAUUGCUUCUGGAUUUAAUUCAUAUAUAGGUAAAUCAAUAGAGAUAGCUAGGAACCCGGCAAGGCGGGGAUGAAUGGUGAGAUAUUGGAUUAUACUGGUUGUGGUUGAUCAUCGAUCUAAGGCGGACAAUGCCAGCAGCAUCAACAUCCAAGGGAUACAUACCUUCUUCUUCUUCAGAGGUGGAGGAGGAGAAGGUGGUGAUCAGCAUGGCCGUCGUGGAGGAGGGAUACAUACCUUCUUCUUCUUCAGAGGUGGAGGAGGAGGCGGUGGUGAUCAGCAUGCCCUCCGUGGAGGAGGGUGAGAAGAAGACGCCAACGCCGACGAUGGCUUCCUCGUCAUGGUCCAUGGAGGCGGUGAUGCUGCCGGCGAGCAUGGUGCUGGUGCAGGCCUUCACCAUGGGCGCCCUCCUCCUCUCCAAGCUCGUGCUCAACGUCGGCAUGGAGCCCUUCGUCCUCCUCGCCUACCGCAACAUCAUCGGCGCCAUCAUCGUCGCUCCCUUCGCCUUCUACUUCGACAGGGGGAUGUUGCGCAAGGUGAACCUGCGGGUGUUUGGCUGGCUGUCGAUCAGCGCGCUGCUGGGGAUCGUGCUGGCGAUGGGUCUUCACUACUACGGUCUGCGCGCCACCACCGCCGCCUACUCCAUCGACUUCCUCAACCUCAUCCCGGUGGUGACCUUCGCUAUGGCGGUGGUGCUCCGGCAGGAGAAGCUGGCGGGGCGGAUGAAGCUGGCGGGCACGGCCAUCUGCGUGGGCGGCACCAUGGUUGCCAGCCUCUACAAGGGCCCCCUGCUGCACCCGCCGUGGCCCACGCACCUGCUCCGGCACCACCCCGCCGCCACCGUGCCCGCGGCCCACCACAACAUGGGCCUGGGCACCGUCUACCUCUGCGGCAGCUGCGUGGCCUACGCGCUGUGGUUCAUCGUGCAGGCCCGGGUGGGCAGGGAGUUCCCCUGCAAGUACCUCUCCACCGUGCUCGCCUGCGUCUCCGGCGCCCUGCAGGCGCUGCUCAUCGGCGCCGCCGUCACCUUCUUCCAGGCCGGCGGCGGCGGCUCGGCGGCGUCGUGGCGGCUGGGCUGGAACCUGCAGCUCGCGGCCGUCGUCUACAUGGGGGCCUUCAACACGGGCGCCACCUUCUGCCUCAUGUCCUGGGCCAUCGCGCGCCGGGGGCCCAUCUACCCGUCCAUGUUCAACUCGCUGGCGCUGGUGGCCACCACGGUGCUGGACUCGCUGCUGCUGGGCACCCUCGUCUCCGUCGGCAGCCUGCUGGGUACACUCCUCAUCGUCGUCGGCCUCUACGCGUUCCUCUGGGGAAAGGCCACGGAGAUACACCACCUGCAGCAGCAACCGCCGGCCGCCGGCGACAACCAUGGCCACGCCACCACCGCUACUAGUACCUAGCUGCAUCGCAUGGUUGUACCUGCCAGUCCAUGCCAAGUGCUAAGCAUUAUGCCGCUCAUGGGAGGCAAAAUACGAAAGGUGGGGAGCUGCACCGUGAGAGAGACCGAGUAGAACAGAGGUGAUGAGUCAUGGGUGGAAGGGCACAGGGAAGAUCUUAAAAGACUCAAGAGUUAGAAACCACUUUCCAUCGUCAACAAAAAUGUUAGUUGUUUUUGAAAAAAUCACUAAAGAGGCUUUAAUCGCCGGCCUAAAUUUUGUAACA